AUGUCUUUACAACAGAAGUGUCAACAGCAGCUAAUUCUUGAUGCACGCCGACACCAAAUGCAGAUGAUGGCUGCUAAGCAACGACCAAACAUUAGCAGCAACAGCAACAGUGACACUCCUUCACAACAGCAAAUGCAACCUCAGUCAGGGAUAAUGGGAUCAAAAUAUGAUGAUCUGCCCAUACUGGAGCCCGCUGAUGUCACCUUCAUCAGUGAAAAUCCUGGGUCGGUUGGUCGAGUUCCCGCCUUCUUCGAGCCCUUUGAAUCCGCCUGCCAGCACGGCCACCUCUCCAUCAUUCAAUCCAUUGUCUCAUCUGAUAAUCUGACACCCGCCUUUCUUCACCAUGGUCUUACACGUGCUCUACGCUCUGGCAAUAUUGAGGUUGCUCGUUAUCUCCUCGAUAGUGGCGCACCUAUUGUUCGCGAAACUCCAAGCAAUAUCUUCUUUGUACCUUUGGAACGACAAAUUGUCCUCUUUGAGCUUUUUACCCAGAAUGGAUGGACUCCCAACACCCCAGGUUACUAUGGUAGUACCCUUCUCCCUCGGGUUGUUAAGAGCCCCCCUCUUCUUCGUUGGUUUCUAGACCAUGGAGCCAAUCCCAACCUUGGCGUGCAGCAAACCACCCAUGACAGGUAUGGUGGCUCAGAUACUUCCUCGUGUGCUGCACUCGAGGCAGCUGCAGUUCGUGGAGGGGUUGAGGCUGUGCGUAUGAUCUUAGAUGCGGGUGCUAGGAUUCAAAACGGUAUACCACUGCACUAUGCUGCAGGGGCUUGUCCUCCUGGUACGAAUCCGCAUGCUGGGCGUGUGGUACCGAGCCGGGAAUUUGACACUAGCAGGAUUCCAGUAAUGGCACUACUGGUUGAUCGUGGGGCUGAUGUUAAUCAGAGAGAAGAGUCACGACACAUGGUCGCACAUUACACGAUUGUGUAUGCAGUCAUGGCCGGAGCAGUUGAGCGGGUUAAGUGGUUGUUAGAGCAUGGGGCAGACCCAUAUAAAAGAGGAAGCUGGGGUAGUGCAGCUGAGUAUGCACAUACCUCGGGGAACGAAGAGAUAUCAAAAGUCAUUGAGGAAUUUACUAUGGGAAAUGGUUGA